ACAUCUCGCCUCGCACUAUGCCAUCGGAAACAGUAUUGGAUUUUGUGCCGUAAGCUCCCUCUCUCUCUCUCUCUCUCUCUCUCCCUUUCUCUCUCUCUCCCCUUCUCUCUCUCUCUCUUUCUGUGCGCUCCUCGGAGACCAACUAAAGGAUGGUUGGUCAGCAGAAGUGCUGGGAAGCCGCUCGUUUUCCCCUGCCAACAUUUUAAUCRCUCUGGGGAGGGAGAUCCAGACCUCGCUGACAUUGAAAUGAGUCCCAUUUGUUAUUUCUGGAAUUGGUGAGAGGAGCCCAAUCUGCGCGUGGGAGACCCUUUGAAGAAGUUUGAUUGCGCAUCGUCAUUGGCGGAAUGGGAGAUGGAAUGUGCAGCUCUGCCAUGAGACGUCUGUGGUUCUGUGUCUUGGUUGUGAGCAUCACCUGCCGUCUGAGCUUCUCUCAGGAUGUUACUGGAACACCCAAUAAUGCYGAGUUAAACGACAACAUCACCAUCUUCACGCGCAUCCUGGAUGGCCUGCUGGAUGGAUAUGACAACCGGCUACGCCCGGGGCUGGGAGAGAAGGUGACAGAAAUUAAAACCAACAUCUUUGUCACAAGCUUUGGUCCCGUCUCUGACACUGAAAUGGAGUACACCAUCGACGUCUUCUUCCGUCAAAGCUGGAAAGAUGAGAGGCUAUGCUUCUCAGGCCCGAUGCAGAUGCUGGCUCUGAAUAACCUGCUGGCCAGUAACAUCUGGACCCCUGACACCUUCUUCCUGAAUGGGAAAAAGUCCAUCGCACACAACAUGACUACACCUAACAARCUGCUGAGGCUGAAGGAUGACGGGACCCUUCUAUACACCAUGAG